CUUAUUGUCUCAACAUUCAGUGGGAUAGUAGUGCCUGGCGUUCCAAACUACUACUGUACACAGUACACGGACCAUUGGCAGAGUUGGGUUUACAGCUACAAACAUCUGAUUCUGGAAGAACUGGGGAAAAGAAUGAAGAUUACAAUAGUGAUUUUUUGCUUGGUUGGGGCGGUUUAUGCCAACCCAAUUCUGUACAAAGUUAUUUUGGAGCAGAGCGAACUGGAAUCAUCAAACAUGAAUCAAACGCAAAGUUCAUCCGCCUCACAAUCUCCGGAUCAAAGUGACACUUCAGAGCUCAAGAGCUCUGAAGAAAGUACUUCAGAGGACCAAAGUUCAGAGUCUGAGUCCGAAUCAUUGGAAUCCAAUUCAGAGUCUUCCGAGAGCGUUUCUUUGGAGAGUGAGAGCCAAUCACUGGAGGACAGGACUGACUCCAAUGCUAUUGGGGAUACAAGAGACAACAGCCAAGGCAGUGAAGAAAACGUUCGAAAGAAUUGGAUCCGAGUGUUUGCCGUCCGAGUCUUGAGUGCAGAGAACAACAGCAGCUCUGAGGUCAAAGGGCAGCUGGACCUACCCACUAAUCAGGGGGCAGUGAAACAGAGCACACUCUCUCCCACCGCCUUGACAACCAACCACAGCCAGCCUGGCGAUACAGUUCAGAGCAACGCAGCCUUGGCAUUGGUAGAGAGCUUCCUCAAAGCCUCUGGUUCUCUCAGUGAGACCAGUGUCAGCAUUGAUACCAGUGACGUCAGUACUGUUAACUUUGACAUAAGAGACACAAGUAACAUCAAUGAUACCAGCGAUAGUAGCGAAAGCAGUGAAAGUAGCGAGAGCAGUGACACUAGUGAUAGUGAGAGCAGUGAUAGCAGCAAUACCAGUGAAAGUAAAGAGAGUGAUACCAGUGAGAGUGAGGAGAGACACCAGAGCCAAGCUACAGACUGCCAGAAGGGUGUGCACAGCACUGCCUGUGACAGUGAGGAAUAUUUCUUCCAAGAUAUAGGUGACGAUGGUCGUUAUCCAAUGGAUGAUUUGCUCAUGCCUGAAGAGGAGCAUAGGGAGUUGAGUUUACGAAGAUAAUGCUAACAUCCCCCAUUUGACUGUAUCAGGUUGGAUGCAUUUCAAAUGAAGCAAAGGGAGGGAGUACAGUGUAGAUCAAGCAAUAUAGUAUGACAUUGACUUCUAUGCUUUGUUUUGAUGUUGGCAUGAAAUAAAACGGAAAAUAAAUUGUUACAGAAAUAUAGGUUUAAGUGUUGAAGUAGAUGGUUUGAAGUCAUGGUUGCAAAUAUUUUUCCUAUUCAUUUGCUUUUUUCACUCAUUUUCACAUGAAGAGUUUAAUUCCAAAACACUAGAUAUCCAUUUUCAGAAAUGUUGGUAAAUUAUCUUUUAUUGUUUAUAGAAAUUAUGAUGGAGAUGGAUGUGUUUUUUCACUUUCUAAUUAUGGCAUGGGGUUGUUCAAUGAAAGACAUGUAUUUGUUUAGAAUCUAUCACUUGAUGGUUUCAUUUCAGAGACAAAUAAUCGUGUUUUUUGGCAAAAUGCUGUCACACCCUGAUCUGUUUCACCGGUCUUUGUGCUUGUCUCCACCCCCCGCCAAGUGUCACCCAUCUUCCCCAUUAUUCCCAGUGUAUUUAUACCUGUGUUCUCUGUCUGUUGCCAGUUCGUUUUAUCCGUCGAUCCUACUAGCGGUUUUCCCCUUGCUCCUGUCUUUUUCUAUAGUUCCUGUUUUAUAGUUUUCCCGGUUUUGACCAUUCUGCCUGCCCUGAGCCUGAGCCUACCUGCCGUACUGUACGUUGUCACACCGCUGCCUGCCUUGACCCUGAGACUGUCUGCAGUUCUGUCCCUUUUGACUCUGAUCUGGAUUACUGACCUCUGCCUGCCCUUGACCUGUUGUUUUGCCUGCCCCUGUUCAAGUAAUAAACUUUUGUUACUUCAA